GGGAAGGGCAUACGGUAUUCCCGGAGGCAUGACUGGCUCAAAGUCCAUGGAGGGUCUGACAUCUCUCCUGCAUCUUGCCACUCGCCCGCUUCAGCCGACCAGGCCGCACUCUCACAAUCCGGCAACUCCGCCUCCCUGGUCUUACGUGUGAGGUAUCGUGAAGCCCGCUGCUCCUCGAUUAUAAAUAUCCCAAUUCGACUUGAUCGUUUUCCUUCGACAUGUCCCUCAAUUCAUCAUCUUAAAAUACUCAAACAAGGCCCUCCAGGCGCAAUCUUGCACUUCUUCGUUCUCAAUCCGUCUUACUGCUCUUACACGAGACAUAUGCUCAGUCUGGUCAACCAUGGCGCCUCAUAAAGACACGUCAUCUCCUGUCGGGAGCUUCUCCGCCGGCUUUGUGCCGUACUCUCAUCAGACUAGCUCCAGGAAUUGGGAUUCGAAUGCAUACACACUAGCAGACGACUCGGAUUCUGUUCAAAGCGUAUCGCUCUCACUCUCGAACAGUGAUUCCGAGGUUCUCCACGUGCAUCGGCCUCUCAAACAGGGCGUCUACGUUCCUACGGUCUGCUUCUUCGACGACACCACCGAAGACCUCGACUUGGACACCAUUGCCCGCCAUGCCGUAAGGCUCGCACAGAGCGGUGUCAGGGGACUAGCCACUCAAGGCUCCAAUGGCGAGGCAGUGCACCUCUCAAACGAGGAGAGACGUCUCGUCACUUCCACAACGCGCAAGGCGCUCAACGACGCAGGAUUCCCUCAAAUGCCUAUCAUCGUAGGCUGCGGCGCACAGAGCACUCGAGAAGCAAUCACACUAUGUCAGGAGGCGUGGGAGGCCGGAGGCGACUAUGCCCUGGUCCUCCCGCCGAGCUACUACGCGGGCCUGUUCGCACCCGGCUGCGAGACCGUCGUUCGCUUCUUCACCAAAGUCGCAGAUGCCUCGCCGAUCCCGCUCAUCAUCUACAACUACCCGGGCGCCGUCAAUGGCAUGGACCUGUCGUCCGACGUAAUUCUCAAGCUCUCGCAGCAUCCCAACAUCGUCGGUGUCAAACUCACCUGCGGCAAUACCGGCAAACUCAACCGCAUUGCUGCUGCGACGAGGGUGGCUGCUUCAAAGAACGAUAGGCUCGGGCAGUCGAGUUUGAAGUCGGCGAACAAGGAUUCCGUCUUCGAGGAACGCCUUUCACCAACGACACAGCCGGCCAGCACCGACGACGAAAACACACCCAGCUUCCUCGUCCUCGCCGGCUCAGCAGACUUCACGAUGCAGUCUCUCAUCGCCGGUGGCCACGGCAUCCUUGCCGGGCUCGCCAACAUUGCGCCACGCGCGUGCGUGAAGAUCAUGGAUCUCUACCAAGCCCAGAGAUUCGGCGAAGCCCAGGCGCUCCAGGAGAUUGUCUCGCGAGGCGACUGGACGGCGAUCCAGGGCGGUGUCGUCGGCGUCAAGGCCGGGAUGCAAGGGUGGUCGGGCUAUGGCGGGUAUGGACGAGAUCCGCUUCCGCGGCCCACGGCGGAGGAGGCGAGCAAGUGGAAGGAGGGCUUCCGCGAGCUCGUUGUACUAGAGAAGUCGCUCUGAAUAGGGGAAUAUGUUCGGGACGAGCAUUUGUGGCAAGUCCUGACCAGGGGAGUGUACGUUUGAAAGUCUGGGGGAAAGCCGACUUGGUUGGCUUCGGGAGGUUAAUCCACACAAGCAUCAAGCGAGCAACGUCAUUUCAUUCAUGCUGGGGUUUUGUAUCAAAAAGUUCCGGGUUUGUCCCAUCAACAACUUUCUAGCCAAUGGCAAUGUCAUAUCAUGAUUCAGUAACGAC